AUGUCCAAAGUCCUUCGAGUCGCCUCCAGCAGGAGAAAGACCCGCUCGGAAGACGACCUCCAGCUGCUCCAAACAGCGUCAGAUGGCUCCAAGUCGUCGUCCAAGUCGUCCAAGACGGCGCUGGACUCGUCCCCCGUCCACUCUGCGGAAAACGACCGUCUCAUCAAGUCACUUCUCAAGCAGUACAAGCACUUGGAGCUCGAACUCAACCGCUUCAACUCCAAGAAGUACAACCCCGCCAAGAACAGCGGCGUGCUCAAGAGCAACAUCCUUAGAACGUCGUUGUUGCCGUUCCUCCGCAGUGGCCACAAACUCCAUCGCUACUUCCCCAAACACUCCAAGGUGUACAAGAGCUUGACCAGCGUGAUCACCGCCAUUCUACUCAAGUGGUGGACCUCGUUGCUCGCCAACCUCAAGACUACAGGCCCACUGUCCACCGCAGCAUCCACUUCUGCGGCUCUGGGCGACUCCUACAGCACCAUUCCCGCCAGCGACAGGAACGCCUACUUGGAGUGUAUCUCGCGGAUCGUGGCUCUCGACGACUGGAGCAAGGUUGACGACGACUUCUUCAGCCAGUACUCGAGUCUCUUGACCUCCACCUUGGAGUACUGCAUCGACAAAAUGACCAACUUGAAGACCCUCUCGCUUUCUGUCUCAGCAUUUGUGGGCAAGAUCUUUGCCUACAGUUUUUUCACGUUGCCCCACGUCAGCAACGCGUUGUUGUUCUUGCUCAACGUGAAACAAUCGUUCUUUGAGUCCACGAGCUCCAUAAUCACCCCCUCAUCCGCAUCCAAGGCCUCCGUGGACCAUCUCAAAUCGAUUUUCCCCCUGCAUUUACACCAUUUAAUCAAUUUUCAAGGUAUUCGUGUUGCUUCCAAGAAACAGGCCGGUUUCUUGAACUGCGUGCCUCCUCCGGCCCAUCCCGUCAACGGUAUCAAGGAUCCCAAUGGGAGUUGGGUCAGAAGAUGGUGCAAUUGCGACAGCAACGUAUUUAAUUCAUUCUUCAGACAUUAUGUCGAUAUUAUUCAGAAACGUUUAUCCGAUGGAUUCGACCCAGAUGCUACUGACUUGCUUCUUGUCAACUGUCCUGGUUUCAAUGUUAUUUUCAGCCACAUCUUGCAAAUAUUCAAAAUCUCAAUCACGAAAAUAUCAACCACCACUGUUAACAAGUUUCUGUCCCUGCUGAUUAAAGCCUCACCUCCUCCCGUACCGCCAACGCCCACAUCUGGUAUCAAUUCUGCUAAAUCAAAUGCUCCACCUACGCCUCCGCCGUUUAUUCCAGGAUUAAACGUAAAACACUGUGAUGUUUACUACAACUCUAUUGUCAAGAUCUUCAAAACUAUUAGAGAUAUACUUCACUCUGCAUCAUUCACGGCAAACCGUGUUUCAUCUUCUGCUUCAACUUGUCGUGAACAUGAAGAUCUCAUAAGCUAUUCGCUUGUCAAAUUCGUCGAUAGAUUGUUUGUAUCAAUUUCUAAGGAAACAAGUGUCUAUGACAGCAACAAAAAUGGCUUGAUCUUGAAUAUCGUCUACGAAUUUAUCAACCAUGUUUUCAAUAAUAUGAACAGCUCGCCAUCCGCAAUCAGUUGGGAGUUUUGGUUGAGUUGCAACUAUAUGAUGCUCAAACACACCGACCAUAUUCAAGUUGUAUUGAAAAAUUUAUCCUUCUUGUUCAAUAUUUGGGACAUGGUUCCUGAAUCAUUAUCAAGCUUAAGACAAGAUCUGAAUUUGGGAAACGUGGAACUGGCCCCUCCAUAUCUUAAUUGGAUUACGAAUCUCAAUGAGAGUUACAAGGCAAACUUCAUUGAUUGGCUUAUUUCCAAUGAGAUAUUUCAAAGAUACUUCAUUCACUGGAAUCCAAUUGUGCGCUCCUACUACGCCAGAUUCUUGGUUUGGAGACUAAUUGGCGUAAACAAUUACCAUUCUUCAACGAUGAUUCAAGUGACCAGGAGGAUCGAACAGAAGCUUGACAAGGCGUAUGAUGUUUUACAUGCUAUCUCUUUGAAGAAUCAGCAUAACGGCACAGUCGCUUUGGAUUACACUCCAGACAACCCUCUUGUCAACAGAAAGUUCGGAAUUCUUCCUAUAAAUCUGAAGGAAGACGGAGGAUUGAAUGUUCAUGAUGAUAGUAAUCCUGAUUUCAUUCCUGCAACUUCAAUGAAGAUUAGCGAGUUAAGGAAAACACAUUCAUAUGAGAUUUUUGAUGAAGCAAUUUAUACCUGUUCAUCCUUACCAUCAACCGCAGAAGACAACACUGACAAUAUUGAUUCAAAGAAACAUCCAUCUAAGUCUUUGGUAAGCUCAUUAGGAAAAUUAUUCAAGUAUCUUUCAACCGAAGAUAACAAUAAUACUGAUACGAGAUCUAAUGGCUUGGCUCACAGAGAUCGUGCACUUUCGAGUAAUUCAUUGAAAUACAAGAGAAAUUCUGUUUCAUUGAGUUCUUUGUCUACUACCUACUCCUCAAUCAAAUCUAGAUCUUCAAGUCCAAGUUUGAUGUCUUUCAAGUCCACUCCAACCUCGGUAAGUGACUCUACCACCUCGUCAAUCUCAGACUUAGAUUCCUUCUCGCCUGAAAAGUCCUCGCAGAAGCACAACCAGCCACCCGAGAUAUUUAAGCUCCCACCAGAAAUCUCAAGACCCAUCUACAAGUUCGAUAUAAUCAUUGACCAUGAUUCCAUGAAUCAGAAAUACUUGAUGAUCCACCAAAAGAACCUAAGGGUAGAACUUAGAGCAGAUGUUCUGGGGGACAGCGAAGACUAUUAUAGCACUAACCUGAAUCAACCAGUUCGUGGAACUAUUGCUUGUUUUCCAUCCAGACCUCAAGUGCCCCAUAUAUCUAUCUUCAUCAACAAUGAUCCAUACAAUAAGUUCUAUAUUAACGAUGAAGACGGAUUAUUCAUGGAGAACUUGAACAAAGAUGAUGACAGCGAUGCUCGCACCAUUCAAUCGGAUGAUAUUGACGAACUUUUCUCCGAUAUGAAACUUGGCGAUCUGCGUCCAAAGAAUUUGAUUGAUAUUGUUAACUUGGGGAGAAGUUUGAAUGAACUCAACUUGAUGAUAGAAGAAUUUAAAGCGUUCUUGAACCGCAGAAUAGAGAUUGAUCAAUUCAAUCAGGAUUUGGAGAUGAUGAAUGACUUGAAUGAGUUUGAUUAUUUCAAGAAAAUCAUCCCGUUCUUGUCAGUAGACAGUUCAAACGAAUUGAAGCUCUUGAAUGCGAAUUAA